CAAAGAAGGAAGAAGCAACCAUGAUCAGUACCAAGAAAUUUGCUCAGAUGGCAAAGAAGUGGGAGAGGAUGGCUGACCUCAGGAGGAAGCGGCUUAAUUUGGUGGCAGCAGAUAAUGAGUGCUGCACAUCUGUGGCACCGGAGGGCCACUGCAUCAUCUACUCUGCAGAUGGAAGGCGGUUCAAGGUCACAUUGGCAUACCUUGGCACGACCAUCUUUGCCGAGCUCCUGAGGAUGUCUCAGGAGGAGUUUGGCUUCGGAAGCGAUGGAAGGAUCACUUUGCCUUGUGAUGCUGCAGAGACGAAGUAUGUCAUGUGCUUGCUCAGAAGAAAUGCAUCAGAAGAGGUCGAGAGGGCCUUCCUGAGCUCGGUAGUGAGUUCUUGCCACCAAGGAAAUGGCUUGGCUCCACCCAUGGAACUUAGUCAGCAAGUUGCUGCUUGUAGCUUCUGA